AAAUUAAAAAUUAAAAAUUAAUUACACCGCGUAAUUUUUUAAAAAGUCUAUCUCUAUUCUCUAACCGUAUAUACUUUCGUCUCAUCUACUUUCCCCCAAUUUAUUCAAUCGAUUCAUUAUCCUACGUCUCUUCGAAUUGAUUCUGAAUCUUUUUAAUCUAUUUAAUUCACAAAAACCCUAACUUCAUUCUCUGAUAAAUCUCCAACUAUAUACAACAAUGCUUCAUAGAAGUUUUAAACCCGCGAAAUGUAAAACGGCAUUGAAUCUGGCCAAGUCGCGGAUAAAAUUGAUGAAGAAUAAAAAGGAUAAUCAAUUGAAACAUUUGAAGAGGGAGGUAGCUCAAUUGCUUGAAUCUGGGCAGGAUCAAACAGCUAGGAUUCGAGUAGAGCAUGUGAUAAGGGAGGAGAAGUUAUUGGCUGCAUAUGAAAUGAUAGAGAUAUACUGUGAGCUUAUUGUUGUGCGGUUGCCAAUCAUCGAGUCGCAAAAGAAUUGUCCUCUUGACUUGAAAGAAGCUAUUGCCAGCUUAAUAUUUGCAGCUCCGAGGUGUGGAGACAUUACUGAGCUCCAGGAUGUCCGCAAGCAUUUCACGGCAAAAUAUGGUAAAGAGUUUGCUACUGCUGCUGCUGAGGUCCGUCCUGCAUGUGGAGUAAGCAGAAGUUUGGUCGAAAAGUUAUCUGUGAUUGCCCCUGAUGGUCAGACGAAAGUGAAAUUCCUUACUGCCAUUGCGGAAGAAAAUAACAUUAAAUGGGAACCAAAUUGGUUCAAAGAGGAAAAUCCACCGCCUUUUGUUGACAUCCCGAAGGUAGCAGCAGUUCAAUCUGUGGAGAGCAGCAAGAUUCAAAUGCAACCCCUGAAUUUUGAAAUUGCUGACGUGAAUGAAGAAAAUCAUUCUCAUGAUAAAGCAAGGCCAGAGACUUCUUCUCAAAGCCAUGCUCGUACAAACAGUGGUGUUGUACCUCCAUCUUCCACUUAUCGUCCUGAUUCUAGACCUUCAGAGAGCCCCUCACAGAAGAUAAACGGUCAGUCAUCUGGGACUUUUGAGACUGCUUUUGUGCCCGGCAGGCAAAAGUGGAACAUGGAAUUCAAGGAUGCAACUGCUGCUGCUCAGGCUGCUGCUGAGUCUGCAGAAAUGGCAAGCAUGGCUGCCAGGGCGGCUAUAGAACUUUCUAGAAGUAACGUCGUGAGUGAGGAUAACCAUCACUAUACAAACAGUGGGCUGCAACAUAAUCAGGUGCACAGAAAUUCAGUCAGUGGUUCAUUCAAUCAGAGGAGUCCAAGAAUGGAGAAACACGAAGAUUCAAGUAGGCAAGGUAACAUGAAUGAAGGAGGUGAUGCCAGAAGUUUAAACAAAGAUUACACUCAAUAUGGGGAGGAGUAUGAGUCCGGUAAACAAGAUUUUGGGGAGAGAGAAAAUAGCAGAAGGCAUAAUACAAGAGGCUCUGAUUCUAGUCCUAUUAUUACUUCUAAAGCUGAACCCGGUAUGUUUAGUUCAUCAUCAAACUUCCAGGAGUAUAAAGUUGAGUCUUCUGAGAACCCUUUCUAUGAAGAAGAGACGGUGGGAAAGGAGGAAAAUCAGUCUAGGAAUUCUGAAUCUAAAUCCACUGUUUUGGGGGAUGAUUAUGGUGUUUUUCCAAAUUUAAACUACGAUAGCUACCAGUAUGAUUCUGGUGAUGACUCUUUAAACAGUUUCAGCAGGAAAACUGCUGACCAAGAGGAUUGGAAUGUAAAAAGUGCUUAUACAUUUGGUGAAGAAGAUACAACUUUCAAGGAUAAUAGAGAAGGAAAUAGAAUUCCUGAAUCAGAUGAUAAGUAUGGAUUCGACUCUGUCAGUGAUAUUUUUGUUGGGGUGGACCACAGGACCAGUGGCGUGGAUAUUGAUGAAAAAGGAACUCGUACUAAUGCUGAAGUGUUUUUUGAUGAAUCUGGUUCUGAUGAGGAUGAUAAAAGUGUCCUAAAUCCUACUGAGGAACACAAUUACUCUGUUCCUUCUGAAUCUACAUGUAUAUGUUCCUCUUUGAACCAAGACAAACCUCGCUUUGAACCUGAUCUUUCCGAAAGUUUCAAACGGUCACCGAUAUAUUCAAAAUUAACCGAGCCCAUGCCUCUGACUUUUGAUGAUUCUGAUAAGGAAAGUUCGGGGAGUGAGAAAGAGGCACAGAGAGAAAAUUUUGACUCUGAAGCUCUUAGCUAUGACUACCAGAAGCCUGAUGCAGAUCCCCAUCGUGAUCUGAGAACAACAUUUGUGGAAAAAGGAACUGCAGAUUCUUUCAUGAACAGUAAACAAGUGGAGGAGAAUCAAAAUAGAUAUUCUGGUUCUGUUUCUAAGAACAACUAUAGUUUUGACAAGUCUUCAGAAUCGUCAACCGACAUCAAAAGCCGGUCUGAUUAUGAUUUGUUUGAUGGUGGAUCCAAGAAAUCUUUUCAAUCCCCGAGACUGUCAGAAUCACGAAAUCCUGUUUCCGAGGUUGAAUUGCAUCAUCCUACUCCUGAAGUUGGUAUAGAGUUGAACCUAGGAUCAUUGCCUGGUGGGCGUCGAAAUAGGGCUCAAGGGCGCUUGGCAAGAGGUAAAUUAGCUGAUGCUUCAUCUUCUCCAAAUAAUACUUUUGGUUCCAGUGAGAAAGCUUCUAGUUAUGAAUUCCCCAGUCAAAUAGACAACAAAGAGGUGCCGGUGUCUAUGAAGUUAACUGGGCUCCAUAGGAGUUAUGAAUCACCUAUUGAUGAUACUCAGGUGGUAAUUCUGAAGAAAGAUGAUGAAAACGUGGGUAAAAUUAGCUCGAAAAGUUCAACAAGGUAUUUUGAUUCUGAUGACAGUGACAGCAGUUCUGAGGAGGAUGAUGUUCUUAAACCUAAACCUGCCGCGAGCAAAACAUUCCUGGGUGCUGGACUAUCUCGGAGGACUAAUGCUUCUACUCCAAGAUCAGUUGCCACAUCAUCAUCAGUUGCUGCUGCAAAGGCAGGAAGAUCUUCAAGUUCCAAUAAUAAUGAAGUUUCAAGCUCUAGGAUCAUUGAUCAAUCGGGUUUUAAUGAUCGCCAAAAUUUGGCUAAAAGUUCAGAACAUUUGGAGGAGAAACCAGUAACUCCGAAACAUCCUGAUGUUCCUGAGAAAUCCUCGAGUUUAAAUGAGAAGAAGGCUCCUUCUAGAGAAAACUCCGGCAAAAACCCUAGUCAUGUUCAUCCCAAGCUUCCGGAUUUUGAGACAUUUACCGCGCACCUGCAAUCUCUACGGACAAAUCGCCACUAGGCAAUUGAGUGACUGACUUAGAUCAUCAUAUACUGUGUACAUAGCUACUAUUCACCAGGUUUGUCUGCGUUUCAUUUUCAGGAGUGUCUUCACUUGAUAUUUACACUGUGCUAGAGCUGUCAAGACAGGUACAGGGGUCGGGUCUUUUUUUAUUCUCGGGUCAUGAUCGGGUCGGGUCACUUUGUCACUCUGGUAUAGGUCGAGUUGGUUUUCUGUCGGGUCAUAUCGGUUUGUUUUUCCAUUUCGGGUAGAGGUCGGGUUCGGGUCGAGUCAUGUUCAUCCCAAGCUUUACCGUGCACCUGCAAUCUAUACGGAGAAAUCGCCAGUAGCAAUUGAGCGACUUAGAUCUUAUACUGUACAUAGCUAUUCAACAGGUUUGUGUGCAUUUCAUGUUCAGGAAUCAGGAGUGUCUUCAAACUUGAUAUUUAUACUGUGUCUGUGCAGAAGAACUUCUAUAUACAUGUUUUACAUACCACACUUCAUCAAGACUCGGCGCUGGGCCGGGCCGGACCGGCCCAUAAGUAGUAGCGUAGUACUACUUGAGCUGUAUGUUUUAUAUUUCCGCUUUAAGCAGAUCGAAAAUAUACUUCAUUUGUUGUGAAUACUUCAACAGGCUAGUGUGAGAGAACAUUGUUUCAUUGGAUUAAAUUUUUGUACAAUUACGUUUGUGUUUAGCUACCUUCAUGAGGUUGGAAGAGUGGCAUAUUGUGGUUAUAAACACAUUACAGGGGUACCCUAGUAAUUUUACAUCACAUAACAGGAGCACGGUAUACCAUUGUUCUUAUGUUUUA